AUGCAAGAUCUCAACACGACUCCUAGAACUACUCGAACGACGUCCACGACUGAAGAUGGACGACUGGAGACUCCACGGCAGGAGAAUAACGGAGAAAACCCUAGCAUAAGGCAAACCCAUGAAAAUCUUAUCCAAGAAGAAAACAUGGAUCACCAACGAACUGUUAACACACCACACGUAACAGGAGUUGAACAUGAACCAUACGCCAAGUCAGCUGAACCCACCUACUUGGAAGCUAUGCUUACAAAACGCUUGGGUGCAGUAGAAGCUAUGAUUGAACGACUGCCAGGAAUGGCUCCACCGAUCCGAAAGAGCAACUUGCACUCGUAUGCUGAUACACCCUUUUCUGAUGAAAUUGCACUCACCGAGAUGCCAAGAAACUUCUCGUUACCAACUAUGAAGAUGUAUGAUGGAACAACCGACCCGGAUAACCACAUAGCACAAUACAAAAAACGAAUGUUCAAGACGGCCAUCCAAAAAGAGUGUAGGGAAGCUACUAUGUGCAAGGGUUUUGGCUCAACCCUCACGGGUGCAGCACUUCAGUGGUUUAUCAACUUGCCAAACGGCUCAAUCAACUCGUUUGCAUCGUUGACAGAUCUCUUCGUUGAGCAAUUCGCAAGCAGCAGGAACCUGGAGAAGACAUCAGACGACCUUUACGAGGUACGACAGAAGAAAGAUGAAUCAUUGCGUGCCUAUGUGGGACGCUUCAACAAGGAAAAAGUAUCGAUACCCAGUUGCAACAUGUCAACCGCCAUCUCUGCAUUCAAAAGAGGCUUACUCCCUGACGGUGAUUUGUACAAGGAACUUACGAAGUACCAGUGCAGAACAAUGGAAGAUGUGCUCUCACGUGCGUGGGCACAAAUAAAGUGGGAGGAAGAUUCGGUUUAUCGCCAGCGACGUUCACCACGAUCUGAUUCCCGUAUGGUGUGA